ACUCCCAGCAACAGGAUGCAUUCCAUGUGCUUUCAUCGUUACCAUUAUAUUAAUACCAGUUUUCUAUCAUUGAAAUUUUUUGGUCACAUUUUUUCAACUUUUAUCUUAGUUGAUUAUCAGACAAAGUGAUCACGGAAGUAAACAAACGAUAUGUAGAACUAUGUGAAUUCUACGCAUAGAAUUUUCUGAACUGUUUUAGAAAAAAAAAAAUCUACGAAUACUUUACGUUCUUGUGUGCGAAUUAUAUAGAUAUAUGUGCAUUUGAUACUUAUGUCAAAAUGAAGUGCUUUUCAGUGAUUUUGUUAUCAGUUUUCUUGAGCCAAAGUGUUUUUUGUUCUCUUCCGAUAGGAAUGCCGAUUCGGUGUCCUACCGUGCGACUAAACAAUGGAAAAAUUCGCAUUCGGGCUCGAGGUCGAGUUAUUAGAUUUAAUUGUAACGAGGGAUUCACUCUCGUAGGCAAUAAGUAUUCCACGUGCGUGCGCGGCCAGUGGGACACACCUAUUCCCGUAUGUGUGAAUGCGGAAUGCCCUGAGCUGUCCGUACCGGCUCAUUCAUUUAAGGUCACGAAAGUGUCCGGCGCGAUAGUAAUGUUCUUUUGCGAGCCUGGCUACACUUUGGUCGGCAAUUCUGAAAUUUAUUGCAAUGGACAACACUGGAAUGCGUCGACUCCUAUUUGUCGAGACUCGAACUCAUCCGCGCCGACGAAAUGUGAUUUUGAGGAGCCGGAUCUGUGCUGGUGGGAACAAGAUCCGCAGCACGAUUUUGAUUGGAGACGCCAUAAUUUUGAGACACCGAGUUUACACAUCGGUACAGGUCCAACGCACGAUCACACGCUUGGAGUCGGAAAUGACGGCCAUUAUCUUUACAUUGAAGCAUCCGGACGAUUAGUUAACGAUACAGCAAGAAUCAUAUCUCCUUUAUACAAUUAUUCAUUGACCGUGUCAGGAUGUUUCUCGUUCUGGUAUCAUAUGUACGGUGCUACGAUCGGCUCGUUGAAUAUUUAUUUCAAGCAAGAGGAUACUCCAUCGCAAUUGAUGUUUACCAAAAGCGGAAAUCAAGGGAAUCAAUGGUUUCAUGGUAUUUUUGAUUUACCGAAAUCUAAUAUUAGUUUUCAGAUUAUUAUAGAAGGAAUACGAGGCAGCAGUUACGUGAGCGAUAUCGCGAUAGACGAUGUAGCUAUUCUACAAGGGGAUGAAUGCAUUGUUAAAAACGAAUCUAUAAUAACCACAAGCAAUUAUGACCAAGUCGAAAUAGUCAACGCGCAACAAACUUGUCGGAACAGAUGUGUUUUUUCCGCGACGGAAAGUUCUGUUCCUUCCGACAACGGACCAUUCGGAGAGUUGCCGGAGUUGUGCCUUUGUACGAUCGAUUGUGCGGAACGCUCUAUCUGCUGUCCGGAUUACGCUGAAUAUUGUAUACUAGCUGACACUACCACGACAACAAUCGAUAACAUCACCAGGGAUGGCACCACUAUUGCGCCGGUGAGAAAUUCUACUCUGACAGGAUUUUCUAUAAAUCCGAAAGAUGAUAUUGACCCAAGCAUAUCUAAUUCCACAACACUGACGACGCGAAGGCCCAUCAAGACCACGAUUAAAAUACAAACUAGGAAACCGCCACGAACUACAUCUGUUAAACCAACGCAGGUGGAAGCAAAGGAAACGCCUUUCAAACCUAAAAUAAUUCCAACAACAGAGUACAUCGAACUUUACGAUCGACCUGAUUUGCGUGAUACAGAGCAGAAUCAGGAGAAAGUAAAGUACGGUAGAAACUUUGAAGCGCUAGAGAUCGUCGCCGCAAUCGGUGCAACUUUGUGCGCGCUUUUCGUCGGACUGGCGGUCACGAUUAUAGUCAUCAGAAGGAGGAAAUCUUACAAGAAAGGGGCGAGUGGUUCGGCACUUUCGGAAGAUAGCGAUAUGCAUUGCGCCACUGUCAUCGUCGUCGCUGCUGUUUGCUGUUUCCUCGUAAUGAGAGUAGCGGCGGAAGAGGCUGUCGAACAAAAUCAACAACAACUGGAUCUGGGAAGUGCUGUUAUCCAAGAUCAAGUUGAUGGAGGUGCGGUGCACACUAGGGAAAAGAGAACGCUGUUCUUGAAGAAAAAGCUGCUUGGUGCCGGCCUUCUUGGUUUCGGUCUUGGCAUUGCGAAAGGUUACAAGGCUGGCUAUUUUAGCGCACCGGAAGUGCAUCAUGUUUACGUUGCGCCACCAGUGAAAUAUGUGGAAUACGUCGAAAAACCUGUUUACAUUGAAAAAUUCAUUCCAAAGCCGCUUUAUAAACCACACAUCGAAUAUGGUGCACCAGUCUGGUCACAACCAGAUCCAACAUACGGGUGA